AUGGGUAAUUGUUGUGCAUCAAAUACAGACUAUUCUAAGAAAGAAAUCGAUUCAUUAGUAUUGAUUCAAUCAUACUUCCGCGUCAAUGGAAGUUCAAGUGAAUCAAAUGGCUAUGGCAAAAAUCAUCUUAGUGUUCAUGGGCCAAACAGCGCUUAAAAAUAAAAGCCAGAAACUAUUGAAAAACUCCCAUAAUUUUAGCUUGGCCCAAAGGACCUAGAUUUAGAGAACCCAAAUGCAGUUAAUAGGGUGUAUAUAGAUGAAUUUAAGGAUGUUGGAGAUGGUAGACUUUAUAAAGGCCAAUGGAAUAAAAAGACUGGUGAGAGGGACGGUCUAGGUAUUUAAUUCUGGCCUGAUGGCUCAAAAUAUGAAGGUAUGUGGAAAAAAGACAAAGCAAAUGGAAAAGGAAGAAUGACUCAUGCUAAUGGUGAUAUUUAUGAAGGUAAUUGGAAAGAUGACAAGGCAGAUGGAUAGGGACUGUUCAUUGAUACAAAUGGUGCUAAAUAUGAGGGAGACUGGCUUGAUGAUAUGCAGCAUGGCAAUGGCCUUGAAACUUGGGAUAAUGGAGGUGCUAGAUAUCAAGGACAAUUCUUCAAAGGAAAGAAACACGGAAAAGGUAGAUUUGAUUGGGAAGAUGGAAGCUACUAUGAGGGUGAUUUUGUAGAUGGUCAGUUUUAAGGUUUCGGGAAAUACUAUUUUGCUGAUUUAGAUAAGAUUUAUCAGGGAGAAUUUAGAAUGAGUAACAUGGAAGGCAGAGGAUAGGAGUUAUGGAGUGAUGGUAGAAAAUAUGAUGGAGACUUCAAGAAUGGUAAAAAGGAUGGUGAAGGCACUUUCGAAUGGCCAAAUGGAAAUAAAUAUAUUGGAAGCUGGAAAAAAGGAAAAUAGCAUGGCAUAGGCAUUUGGGCUAGCGCUAAAGAAGGCACUAAGAGAUAAGGAGAAUGGGUUGAAGGAAAGAGACAUAGAUGGAUAUCAGGUAUAGAAAUGUUGGCUUAGCCAUCACCAACCAGAGGAGGUCAAAGGCUUUGA